AUGAGCUCGCCUCAGAAGAAGACCGACGCUGCAGCAGAGGGGAAGUCCUCCGCCGGGAUAGAUACUCUCUCUAUCCCCGAGUACCGCGAGCGUCUCAAAGCAAAGCUCAGCGACGCCGUUGACUACGAAGACGACGACGUGGAGAUGGAAGAGGGCGAGGCCUCUUCUAGCAAGCGCAAGGAGUCUAUCGACAGUGAUAGUCUCGACCCGCAUGCCGGGUCGAGACGCCCUCGUGAAGGAGACAACUCGGACGCUUCGAGCUCGAAGCGUUCGCGCGGCGAGAGCGACACUCCGCUCUCUGCUGCUGGGGCUUUACGCUUCCCGCGUGAGGUGGCGCCUUCAAGCCCUCCGCGCGCUGCUCAGGCAGCGCGCGAUCCGUGGAUGCCGUCUGCGUCAGAGAUCGCAGACCGUGUGGGCAACACUGUGCCUCCAAACGAAAUCCCGCUGUACGUAUGCAGCGGUAUCCACGACGAUGCUCAAGAAGACAUCUUGAACUUCAACAAGAAGCCGGCCGCUUACCGUGAGCGGGUUAAGCAUGCCCGUGAGCGCUUCGAGACAUUCUCGACGCGCGGGAGGCUGGAGCAGCUCCACAGUUCCUCUGUGGACGCUGGUAUUCCGUGCGCUGUGCCCGAAGGCCAUCAGUGCACGUUGUGUCUUCCGGGUGCGGCGCGCUUGAGCGACCGCGACCUAAACGGGUACACGACGAUUCGUGUACCUGCGAGUCUCAAGGAUCUACGUGCCAAGUUCUUGGCACGCGAGGAACGCGACGAUCGUGGGACUUCGGGCGCUGUAGGUGACCACAGCGCUCGCACUACCUUCGCGUCGGCAGUGCGUGGUGAGCUUCGUACGCCCUCACCAUUUCCGGAACGUCCUACAGCAGGACGUCCCGUGGCUCCCAUGUAUCUUGGUGGGGCGGAAACCCUCUCUAACGAAUACGAUAACGAACCGGCUGCCGGUUCGUUUUCGGGAUACUAUGGUUCACAAUACGCUCAACAAUCCAGCGUGUUGAGCCGCGGGCGUCGCGGAUCGGAGGCGGCGGUGGUGGGAACACGCCCCGGGUAUGGUCAACCUGGGGUUGACCUUGGUCCGACGCUCGAGGAGCGGGUCGCUGCUGUGGAACAGCAUCAGAGCCGGGAGUUCGCCGCUCUGAAGCAGGAGGUGGCGAUCCUGAGGGAUCAAGUCGCUCAGGCCUCGCAGACCGCGUUGGACAUCUCUGUCGACGUGGGAGGUCGCGUCGCACGCUUGGCCGAGCGCGACUUUGCGCUGGAGAGGAUGAUGGCUUCCGCCGAGUCUUCUGCUUCGGUUCAGCCGAGCUACGUAGUUCGUGCUGCAGGUAUGGCUUCAGCCGCCCGACGUAGAACGUCGGAUGGAGGCGCAUACUAG